AUGAGAACUCAAGGUCUAUCACUCAUGUCCUGGGCUGCGGCCCUCGGACCCGUAUCCGCCGCCAUUCAGGCUCAGCCAGCUUCGUCCAGCAGCUCCGUCCUGUCUGCUCCUCAGUCAUAUGCCUUUGGCAACAGUUCAAGCCCGCACACCCAGACCUCUCAGUCGUCGGUUGUCGCGGUCCCAACUACCUCGGUCGGCCUCCCUGAUGUCGUCCCGGUCCUGAGCGCUGCGCUCUCCGACGUUACUGAGGCCGUUGCUGCAUUGACCACUUCUCUCGUCCUGAGCACGAGAACUUCGGCCGUGACUGGAUGUCCUUCUUCGGCCGCCAGCUGCCACCCAACUGCGGCGUCGACUUACCUGACCACUGAGGUUGUCGUUGUUGCGACCACAGUCUGCCCGGUCACUGCCUCCGAGGCCACCGCCACCGCGUCAAGCGACUCUGCUUACACCACCUCGACUAUUUUCAGCACCAAGACUUCAGAUGUCACUGUCUGCCCAUCGUCGGCCUCGAGCUGCCACCCGACGGCUGCUUCGACCUCGAAGACGACCGAGGUGAUUGUGGUCGCUACCACUGUCUGCCCCGUUACUGCUUCCGAGGCCUCUGCCUCUGCCUCCAAGGCUUCUGCCACUGUCUCGGCCAGCUCGCCGGCCAGCACCUCCGUCCAGGUCUAUGAGAGCACCUCUGCAAAGGCCUCUUCAAGCUCCGUCAAGGUGACCGAGAGCACUUCUGCAAAGGCCUCUUCGAGCUCUGUCAAGGCUUCAAGCAGUGCCUCAGUCGAGACUUCGGCCGUCACCUCGGCUGCCACGUCUUACAGCACUUCCUUGAUUGUCAGCACCAGAACUUCGGACGUUACCGUCUGCCCUUCUUCUGCCUCCAGCUGCCACCCGACUGCCGCCUCGACCUCAAAGACUACUGAAGUUGUUGUUGUUGCUACCACUAUCUGCCCUGUUACUGCCUCCGAGGCUUCUGCUUCUGCUUCAGCUUCUGCCUCCGCUUCCGGCUCUGCCUCCAUCACUGGAUCGGCAAGCACUACCGCGGUUGCUUACACCACUUCUUCGAUCUUGAGCACCAGAACCUCGUCCGUGACUGUGUGCCCCUCGUCGGCCUCUAGCUGCAACCCCAGCGCUGCCUUGACCACGGCCACCACCGAGGUGCUCGUGGUUUCGACUACCGUCUGCCCCGUGACUGAGGCCGAGGCUACCGCCACCGGCAACUCCAUGGUCACGACUAGAACCACCUCCAUCAUUGGUACCACCACCAAGACCGUCACGGCUGCCAAGUCCACGAGCACUGUCACGAGCGCCGCCUUUAGCUCCCUCUCGGUCUCGAACUCGACGGCUGCCUGCGUUAUCAGCACCGUCACCCAGACCGUCACACCCAGUGCUGUUACCGUUACCAUUACUGCCCCUGCCACGAGCUCUACCGCCAAGUCCUCCUCGGCAGUGCCCUCCAGCAGUGUCGUUGUCAAGAGCAGCAGCAGCAGCAGCGCCGUUCCCACCACGAGCGCCUACGUGAUCCAGGAGGUUCCCUCCUCGAGCAGCGUGCCCACCCCUUACGCACUGAACUCGACCUCGAUUGAGGUUGCCGAGUCCACUGCCCCGGCCGUGGUCACCAUGACCCGCGCGUACAGCGUUGUGCCCGUCAAGGCCACCACCGCCUCUUCUUCCGCCUCUACUGCCGCCGCCACGGCGACCACUGGUGUCAAGGUUCCCUCUUCUGGAAACUCCACCACCCAGCAGACCAUUGUCACCGCUGGCUCGUCUGGUCUGGUCUCUAGCGGCCUCUCCAACAUUGUUGCUCUCGUCAUCGCUGCUAUUGCCGCCGUCGCUUUCUUGUAG